UCUAGUGUGCGAGUAGUCUCACUUUGGGAGAAGCUGAGACAGAAGAAGCAAGCUGCCUAAAGGACAAAUGCCCAGUUAAUGGUUAUAUGAAAAUGUCUUUACUUGGAUAUGUACUUCUGCUUACAGCUGCCUUAUGCUGUACUGCAGCACCAGCAGCCCCUGACGAUUUAAAGUCAUGCAAGAAGCCAGACAGAAGGGUAGAAGCAGAACUGCUGGGUGACUGGGAAGAUGAGUCAUAUCCUGAAAAUACUGAAGCAGUUUUCCAAUGCCGACCUGGAUAUACUCGCCUUGGAUCGAUUAAGAUGAUUUGUAAAUCAGGAAAAUGGCAAACGUAUACAAAGGGUCAAUGCAAACAAAAAUCUUGUGGACAUCCAGGUGACAUCCCAUUUGGAUCAUUUCAGUUGUUCAACGAGGAAUCAUUCAUUUUUGGAGCUGUUGUUGAAUACUUUUGUGAUGACGGGUAUCAGAUGGUGAGCAAAGAAACAAAGCGGCAAUGCACAGCUAGUGGUUGGAGCAAUUACCCUCCUCACUGUGAAGUUAGGAACUGUCCACCAAUUGAUGCUACAGACAAUAUUAAUGUUAUAUCCACUUCAUAUGAUGAAGAGUAUUCUGUUGGUCAAGUGAUUAGAUUUGAAUGCAAAGACCCAAAGCUUAAGCUGAAGGGACCUCCUGAGAUCUUUUGUACAUCAGAAGGAAAAUGGAAUUCGGAACCACCAACGUGUGUAGUGAUCCAGUGCAGCGUUCCAGUUAUAGAUCAUGGAAGUGUCCAAAAUUCAAGAAAACAAGUCUACUCAAAUAAUGAAGUGAUGCAAUUUACAUGUGAGAUGGGAUUUCAAGCAAAUAAAAAUGGACAAUCGACAUGCACUAAAGAUGACUGGAUUCCUAAACCCUCUUGUGAAGAAAUACUGUGCAGUCCGUAUGAUCCUGUGGAAAAUGGAAAAUUGGUUGGAACGGAAACUCAAUACAGAUUUGGACAUAAAAUCGACGUUCAAUGUGAAGAAGGUUAUGUUCUUCAAAUAGAGCCCAAUAGGCGUCGGGAGUGCACAGCAAAUGGCUGGUCUCCAUCUACUCGCUGUGUUAGUAAAAAAUGUGACAGACCUGACAUAAAACAUGGAAUUAUUUACAAUGAUUACUAUUAUCCGAGAGAAGUUGGAAGAUAUUUAGAAUAUUAUUGUGACAGCAGUUAUCAGCCAAGGAGGUGGACAAAAAUCUAUUGUACUAAAGCUGGAUGGGAACCUGAACCAAAAUGCUCACGAGAAUGUACAUACAGAGAUGCUUAUUUUGAAAAUGCACAACUUAUAGAUCUGAAGUCAGUUUACGUGGAAGGAGAUAAAGUGCAGUUCAGGUGUAAAUAUAAUUAUCAAACACCAGAUGGAGAAGACUAUGGAGAAAGAACAUGUCUUCCUAAUGGAAAAUUUACUCCAGCCAAAUGUUCGGUAACAUGCAUGGCUCCCAGACUUCAAAAUGGAAGAUUCAACCAAAUUAAAAAUCAAUACGAGAUUGGAGAAUUUCUUCUGUAUGAAUGCAAUAAAGGUUAUAUGACAGAAAACAGACAUCUUUCUGGCAAAUCUCAGUGUCUUGAGGGAAGAUGGAACGAAGCUCCUCAAUGUAUACCUAUUACUUGUGAAUAUAAUCGCCGAUCAUUUAACGAUGGGGAUACUAUUGAAUAUAGAUGUCCCUCUGGGAAAAAGCCAAGAAGUGACAUUGGCCAGUGUUAUUAUUAUGGCUGGGGUCCACCGCGUGAAUGUCAAGAUAUUGUGUGCACCAUUCCAGAGUCUUCAAAUAUCGUACCAAGCCCUUUUGCUCAUAGUUAUAAAAUUAACAAGAAGGUAUCAUUUUCUUGCAAGGAACGCUUUGUUAGAUCUGGAUCCCUGGAAAGCGUUUGCACAGAAGGAGGCUGGAAUCCACUUUUACCCACCUGUAAAGAUAUUGAGUGCACCAUUCCAGAGUCUUCAAAUAUCAUACCAAGCCCCUUUGCUCAUAGUUAUAAAAUUAACAAGAAGGUAUCAUUUUCGUGCAAGGAACGCUUUGUUAGAUCUGGAUCCCUGGAAAGCGUUUGCACAGAAGGAGGCUGGAAUCCACUUUUACCCACCUGUAAAGAGGAAAAAAUGGUCCAGCCACAACCCACUGACCAACCAUCAGAUGGCAAUAAAGAGCAAGGGGAGAAACCCACGGACUCACCAGUGGAUGACAUUAAAAAGCAAGUUGAAUUUCCUACUGAACCAGAUUCGGCAUCUCCAGAUUCAAAGGUUGAGAAAGAAGGCUAUUCCCCAACGGGAUAA